GUCCUAGGAACAAUGGUUCCGCAAUGAAAAGAAUACUGAACCAAAAUUUGCGGCGCCCAGUGUUUUUGAUACGGCCGCAAACCGCAAAUCCGCGCCGCAAAUUAUGCCUGUACGGCUAAUGACUUUCCGCUCAUGGAGAAAGUGGCUGAGUGUGCCUGAAUUUCCUAUUAUCAGCGCAAAUAAGCAUGUCUUUCAAUAUACGUCAAAAGCGUAAACAAACAACAAAAGCCUAUCGAUUCUCGGAUAAAGGAAAGAAGCUUAUCAGAUUGACAAGCACGGUCAAUAAGUCGACUGCAAGUGAUAUAACCACGCCAUUCGAAAUUCGAGCAUCAUCACUGCCAGCCAAUUCUUCUCCAUCUGACGGAUGGUCAACUGAUGAUGAGGCGGACGAAGUUGACGAUCAGCCAAGACGUCAGACUGCAGCUGUUAAGCGUGCAGUACGCUGGUCUAGCCUUUUUCCUGCGUUGCUCAAAGCCUAUAGAGAAGGGUAUAAGCAAGCACCGGUCGCAGAGGCACUCGAGCCUGCCACCCAUAAGAUGUGUGGUUGCGCUGCUGAUAAAAAAGCACACAAGGCUGUCACCUGUAUCUUUAAGUGCGGUAUUCGACAGUUUGACAUCGAAUACUGCAAGUCGUGCCCUGACUAUGCUUUGCCUUUGGUGCUAAUGCGCAGUCAUAUGAUUCCUCUGACGCCAAAGGCACCCGGCCAUGCAGUGCAUAUCAAGUUGAUGCAGACAAUCCACAAUUUGCAUUACAUUUGCCGCGUCUCCGUGCACAAUAUUGCAAAAUGGCUACAAGCAGAUUUUGAGCAAGAGGUAUUACUUUUUCUAGGGCAAUCUUUCAUCUAGCAAGCUUUUAAAUAUACUUUUGUUUUUUAGGUUCCUGCCUCUCUCAAGUCUCGCUUGAACGAUGUGCUGCCUAUAUUUGGCAGAAUACUUCUAAGCUUGAAAAAGCAGUUGAGGGAAGAGUUUGGCGUAGAGAACGAUGUCUGCCCAGGUUGCAGAUACGUG